AUGGCAUCCACGUUCAGUCUUCCUGAACCGCUCCAGAGGUUCCUCAGCAAGUUCCCCCUGCACACGUACCCGCCAAUAGAAGUCACAGCAAAAAAUCCCUUGCAAAGGCCUACAUUAUGGAUUGCACCUCCCCGAACAACUGCAAUCGACCAAAACACUAACUCUGAUAUUCUGAGCGCAGACGUGGAAUGUCUCAAAUGGCAGGCAUAUAUCGCCUUGCGUGGGCUCACGAACGUCGCAGUCCGGUGGGACAUCUCUCCAGAAGGUGGAAUCGAUGGUCGUUUGCCUUGCCUACAUACUCCUGCAUUCGAUGCCAAAGAUGAGCUGUUAGCACCACGCGGUAUCCCUGGUUGGGUGGAUGGACGGGUUCACGGUGGGAACGAUCCGCUGAACGGUUACAAGGAUGGAUCUCUCCAAGACGAGAGCCACGCAUGGGUCUCCUUGCUCGAGGGUGUCGUGCAUGCUGCCUUGGUUCUAUCAGAACCUCCACAACCUGUCCUUUCUCAACUCUUCCAGACAGCCGCCGCUGGAGGGAUGGCCAUAGCAGUCACUCUUAGCCCACCACCUGCUCCUCUCACUGGCUUGAGCUCACUUCUACCAUCAUAUGGAACAAAUAUUUCACUGUCAUCCAUCCAAGGCCAGUAUGCGGAGGCCAUCGCUUCACUCUCAGAACGGCUUGGAACUGACACAUGGUUUCUUGGCUCAGAAAAUCCUACUGCCUUAGAUGCACUUGCAUUCGCGUACCUACACAGUCUUUUCAAUAGCAAGGAUAGCACGAGAAUUGAGGUCACUCGACGCGUGAACCUUGUUGCCUGGGAGCAGAGAGUACGGACACAAGUAGAGGCAGCGUUCACCGUAGCCUAG